AUGGACGUUUGUUUGAAGCGUUUCGUCCCGCUGCCUGCCACGUCCUUGGCCUCAUCGGUGAAUGUGGUAUGUAUGCGAUGGAAUGAAUUGCGGACUGGCAUCGAGGUAUAUGAGAAAGGUGGAAAAGUCGUCGGCGUGUCAAAAGCCGCUGCCAAGCAGGCUGUUACUGACACGACUCUUGUGCGAGCAUUCUUACCUGUGCCGCUUCUUCUACUUCCCCCAUGCAUAAUGCCUUUUCUUGAGAGGUACAAAUGGGUCAGUGGUUCUCCUGUUCGUCAUCUGUUUGUGAACGCCAUUGUCUGCACGUUAUCUUUUGCUGCCAGCUUACCGGUCGCUUUGGCUUUAUUCCCACAGGAAAGCACGGUGAGAUAUUAA